UGUGUGUGUAUGCAUGUUAGCAGGGAAAUAUGGAUUCAUAUUUGUUGUGCUAAGAGAGCUAUGGCUUCUUCUUCAUCAAACGUAUCCCCGUUCUUUGCGCGUUUCAAAAAAAAAGAUGCCUCCCCUCGAUAAUCAUCUGACAUCAAAGCCUCCAGAUAAAACAAUCUGCCCUAAAUUUGCAGGGACGGCACGGCGGUCCAUGCAAAUUUCGAUUUCGCUAUUGUUUUAAAUAAAUAAAGCCUCUUUCAUUUGAAUACAAAAACCAUACUCUGUUAUUCUGUAUGCUUCAGCUCUGGCCGGCAAUUAGCCAGAGACUGUGAUUGUCUUGUUUUAGACUCUGUACCUUCAGGUUUCUAUCUUUGUGGCGAAUGAAUGCGUGAAGCACGUCACAAAGUCAGAGGAAGAUUUGAAAUGAAUGCAAAAGGAAGAAUUUUGAAUUGAAAUCCACCACGGUUUGUUAUUGUCCAUAUAGUGCUGAGCCUGAGAAAGGAGAGAACGGGUCCCUGGAGGAGAUGGAAGAGGACAUCGGUCUGAAGAAACGUAAAAGCGAUCAACAUGGUGAGAAAGAACUGCAGGCCGGGCAGGAAACCGGCGAAAAGGUCAAGAGGAAGCGAGGGCGCCCACCGGCUGAGAAACUGCCUCCGAAUCCACCUGAGCUCACCAGAACGCUGAGCACGCUGGUAGACAUGGUCAUCAACUACAAGGACGGGUUGGGUCGACAGAUCAGUAAAGGCUUUGUGCAGCUUCCCUCUAAGAAGGAGGUGCCUGAGUACUACGAGCUGAUCCGAAAGCCCGUGGACUUCAGAAGGAUCAGGGAACGCGUGCGCAAUCACAAGUACAGAAGUGUGGGGGAUUUGGAAAAGGAUAUUUUCCUCCUGUGUCACAAUGCACAGACAUAUAACCUGGAGGGAUCUCAGAUCUAUGAGGAUUCAAUUGUCAUUAAGUCUGUUUUCGAGAGCGCGAGACAGAGAAUCGUCACAGACGAGGAACAGAAAGAGGCAGUUAGUGCCGGUCACAGCGAUAAUGGCGGCGGAGCUGAAGACCAAUUUGUUCCAUCGGCAGUGAAACCAUUACCAGUCCAGCUAAAGAAGGAGAAUAAGGUGGAGAGAAGCAGAAACGCCAUGGCAAAGAGGCUCCACAGUGAUUUAGACAGUGAUGAGGAUCUAGAGGAUAACACCACAAAAGAUGAAGGUUGAACUGAAGGGGCCCUCCGUUCUUUUGUAUUCUGGUUCAUGUCUAUUCUCUGCCACGUCCCUUUUCAUUAGUUUCUUCAUUUUCUAAGCAACCGAAAGGUAUUUGAAAAUAAAACAGGAUAGAGCACUCAAAAGGAGACACGGUACUUCUGAAUCAAUGCUUCUUCUUCUUCUUCUUUUCUCCUCCUUCUUUCACACAACACAGGCCAUUCGAACACGUCUUGCUGCACAUAGUGCUGUUCUUUUUAAUUGAGCUAGUCUUUUACAACAAUUUUUCAUUUUAUCUGCCUUAGUCCCUGUGAUUGCUUCUGCAAAACAAAAAAAAAUAUUCUGUAAAACACCAGUUCCACUGACUGUUUUUAAAAUCCCAUAUAUUUGAUUGUAUGAAACGCCUUCAUAUGUCUUGGAGCAUGAUAUGUACCGUAUAUAUCUUCUCCUGAAGCUGGCUCCUCCGGGAGCAAACACCCGCUGGUGACGACGUUGAUGUGUUCAGGGCUAGAGAAGCACACGGGGGGGGAGAAGGUCUUUUUAAAGAAAAAAAAAA